AUGGCACUUGACAUGAAGAGCUCGUUGCUCCUAAGCAUUCUAGCAAUAUGGCUGGGUGUCUGCCGUGUACAGACCACAGCAGUCUUCGCACAUUUCAUAGUCACUAACACCCAAAAUUUCACAACUGAAGACUGGGAAAUUAAUAUGGUAUUCGCUCAGCAAGCGCAUAUUGAUGCUUUCGCCCUAAAUAUGGCAUACAGUGACCCCACAAAUGAACCUUCUUUGGUCAAUGCUUUUAAGACAGCCAGCGUUGUGGGAUUUCAGUUAUUCUUCUCCUUUAACUAUGCAGGAAAUGGCGCCUGGCCAAAGAGCACUGUCAUUAACCUGCUCACUAAGUAUGGAUCAAAUAACCACUAUUACCAAUACAAGGGGAAGCCCUUCGUGUCGACCUUCAAAGGGCCACAAAGCUGUUAUUUUGUUCCCGACUGGUCUUCCUUAGGUACCAAGGCGGCGCUUAAGGCUUCUCCAGGUGUCCCUGAUGGCCUAUUCUCUUGGGCGGGGUGGCCAUGGGGACCCAAUGAUAUGGAUACCUAUAUAGAUACUUCUUACAUGCAGUAUCUAGACGGAAAACCGUACAUAAUACCUGUCUCACCCUGGUUCUACACCAAUCUACCAGGCAAGUCUCAUUACAUCGGGCCCUUACACGAGAAUGCCUACACUGCUUUCGAUAUUGGCACGGCUACAAUCACAAAAGAAGGCAUCCAGGUUUGGUUUCGCAGAGCCCCAGCUGCAGCUUGCACCAACGGUGGAACCAGCAGCAAUACCAUUACCCAAUUCCAGAUCGAGUUCCCCCCGACAGAGAUCCUAAAGGAUAGGGUCUUUUACUCAGCUCUCUUAAGUUCUCCAGCCGAUGUCUCUUCUGAUACUCCAGAUGGCGGGAUUAGCAUUUAUUAUGGCAGUGUCCCGUUCAAUGGGAAUACCGGCCAGGUCGUUGUGACUAUCUCACAUAAUGGUGCUGUCAUUGCAUCGAUGGAAGGUGAAUCAAUUAAUACUUCUAUUUAUCUGGGUGGCAUCCAGAACUGGAAUCCUUGGAUAAGGACCACCUUCGCAGACACCACAAUUUCUACCACCCCAGAGUUGAGGAUCAUCUCUGUGGAUUCAGUUGCUCUUAUGAAUAUUACCCGGUAG